AUGCUUGUGCCCGGGCCUCAGGGGGCGAGUAGGGAUGACGGAAACGGUAGCGGCGCAGAUAGCAGCGGGGAUACGCCCACUAGCGACCACAGCACGAGCAGCAGCAACAGCACAAACCCGUUCUCCCAGCAAGCCAACGGAACCGCGCUUGCAGCUGAGGCUGCGGGCAUACUUGCUGCAUCUAGCGCCACUGUGUCACAGCAGGCGCUGGCGAUCUACAGGCAGCUCGGCGCGCUGCAGCAGCACAACAACCGCGCAAGCACGUUCAACGAUCCGCAGGACCCCGGGCUGGACGUCACCAAGCAGGGGCUUGCAGACGCAGCCAACCGCAUCAUCGCUGCUGCUGGCAAGGCUCGGCGCGCAGGGAUGAGGGGGAGCCUGGCCGUGCUGCAGAUGCAGCUCAUGCUGCCCGCCGCCAACAGCAGCGCCGCCACCAGGUUCACCUCCCGGCUGUCUGGGUUCCUGGCACGUGCGUCGUGGGAACUGGGGGUGCGAGGGAAGGUGGGCCUGGCGACGACUGUGAUUCGUCUGCUGGCGGCGUCGGUGCUCGCGCCCUCCCUCACCAUGUUCCCAUCGCCCUUCCCCUGGAAUUCCCAGACCCAGCUGCGCAUGCAAGCCGUGCAAGACAGACAGCAGCCUGGGAAGUUUGCAGUGAGCCUCUUUGGAUUCGCUCGGAGUAACAACUACCUGAUCAACAAACUUGAAGGAGAUGCAGAUUCCUCAUACAACAUGACCACCAUUGUGUCAUGUGAUGCCGGCCAGUUCUCGGUGUCCAUACUGGCGCGCACACCAUCAGUCAGCCAAUCGGAGAUUGAUGCCCAGCUUUCCCAACUGGAAACACAAGGCAUUGUACUGGGGGAAGCGAACAUCUUCAUCAGCGCAAAUCAAGACGAACGAGCACGAGCGGGGGACACGUACUUCUGCCAGGAGUUGGUGAAGGAGACGGUGGGGGCGUGUCCCGACGUGCAGACCAGCAACACCUUCAUGGCAGAGUUCUUCCAGGGCAAGUGGUACGAGAUCGGGUCGACGGCGGAGUCGAAGCUGGAGGUGAGCGGCGAGCUGGGCAUGUCGUGCGUCACCUACAACUUCGUCUUCCAGGGCAUCAACCACAGCCUCAACCGAUUCAGCGUUGUGAAGCGCGGCAUCCGCAUGACCACGCCCGCGCGCCAGUCGCAGAUCCAGGGCCUCUCCAAGUCCUCGCUCGCAGUGCGCGACCACUUGCGCGCGGUCUGCGCCGCCAUCGCGCGUCCCCCCGCGCAGGGCUCUUCCGCCACGCUGCAAGUAAACAACGCGCAGAAUACGCUCUCGUGGGCGGAGCUCCCGAACGACGUCGAGGCGGACGUCAAGGUCGCGCUGGGCGACAUCGCGGACUCCAUGGCGCAGGUUUCCGCGCACGCGGAGCGCGCGUACAACCUGCUGGCGCGCAUCCAGCAGCUGAACGCGCAGCUGAGCCAGAUGGACCGCGUGUUCUUCAUCUGGCAGACGAAGCAGAAGCUGGUGAGCGCCGUGCGGCAGUUGCAGAGCGAGUCGACGGCCAUCAACAAGGGGCGCGUGAGCAUCAUGAAGUCGGCGCAGAUCGCCACGCGCCGCGUGAACAAGGUGGAGAACAAGCUCGGCAACCUGCGCGGCAAACAGACGCUGCUGCUGAACCUGAACGACAUCGUGGGCCUCACGCGGAACAUCAGCGGGUUUGGGCGCGCGACGGGGCGCAUGGGCGCAGCGACGGCGUCAAUGCGGCCAAUGGCGGGGCUGAUGUUCUCCAACCCGCUCGCCAUGCGCUUCUCCUACUCCGCCAUCGGCGCCGUCUCGCAAGUGGAAGCCUCGCAGGUGGGCAAGAUGCAGGUGACGUACGGCAACGGGCGGGGCGUGGUGGAGAACAUGUGGGUGGCGGGGCUGUGGGGCAACCAGGCCAUGUCAGACUCGUACAGCAUGGCGCUCAUCUACUCGUGCUACGUGCCGCCCGCUAACAUUGGCUCGGGGAGAACAGCCGAGAUCUCCUUCCGCCUUCUGUCCCGCUCCCCGUCCGUCUCUCAAGCGGAUGUGGACUCGGCGUUGCAGCUGCUGGAGCAGCAAGGGGUCCCAAUGGGUGGACCUAACCCAUAUGUGCCAACCUUCCAAAGCGUUAGUGGCCAGAAGUGUAACGACAGCGUCGUCUCCUCAGAGGAUCCGAGGCAGAGAGUACCCAUGGGGCCAGGAGUCGUUUUCCCAAAGCCGCCAUCACGGGAUCGACCGUCGUUUCCGAUCGCAUUCGGCGCCAAGCCCGCCGCAGAUCUCGCAAGCAAGCCGCGGCCUCAACAUCCCUUGCCAACACGCGGUUGCGACAAGGCUCAGCGCGACCCGCUGCUGCCACAGCAGCAGCAGCAAUGCACCAUUCGCGCCUUGGACGCAAAGAAGCCGUUCAACGCGCCGCCGCUUAGCAUUCCAUCUGACGUGUCCAGCAAUCUCGGCGACGACGCGUCGUCCUGCUCGUCGCCAGCGUCGUUUCCCGUCCUCCCACUCUUCUCCCAUCACUCCACCGCCAAACCGCCGUCCGCCUCCCGCGCCCCCGCGAGAUCCCCGCGACCGUCGCUACCCCGCCCGCGCUCCCCAUGCCCCUUCGACUUCUCCGCGCUCUCCAACAGCCCGCGCCACUCGCCGGGAACCACCUUCGGCAGGCCCGCGCGCCCAGCCACGGCUCCUGAUCACACGCCGCCGCUUAAUGCGGCAUACCCAUGCGAUGAGGAGAGCCCGCGAUCAACGGACAACGCAGCAGCUCCGGCGGCGCCAAUGGCGGCGCAGCAAGCGCAAUGGUUCAUCCUCCCCGCUCAACGCCCGGAGGUUGUUCGCGCCGCCGCGCAGGCCUCCCGAUGCGCGUCGCCCGACACGCCCCUGGGGUUCGUGACCUCCCCCAACGCGGCCUCAUCCCCCUCCAGCCAACCCGCCCGGCCGCGCUCAUCCCUCUCCUCGCUCCCGCCCUCCUCCCCGCGCCCGCCGAUCGCCGCCGACUCCGCCGGUGAGGAGCGCGGCUUUAGAGGAGACUACGAUAAUCUGGAGUCGAACCGCCUUGUGAUCGCCGGUAACAGCAGUCGCAGCGUGUCGAGCGCUGGCAGCGUGGAAUGCGGCGAGCCGUCAACCUCCAGCCUCGGCGACUCUACGACCGCCGCGAUCGUCACCAAGUCCGCGACUAUAUCCGCUCGGCGGAGCUCCGAGUCGGACUUUGCCGCGAAACGCGCCGCCGCAGACGCCGCGCGGCCCCCGCCGAUGGGGUUCCGCAGCGUGAGCUUAAGCGGACGGGAGGAGGGGCGAUCAGUCAUGGAGGCGGCGGCGCAGGCGGAGAGAGAGUUCUCCCGCCACCGGAGCGCCUCGAUCCCGAGCAGAAACUUGCCACGUGGCGCCGGUUUGAUGGCUGCUUGGGGUGGCAUCGCGAGCCGCGCUCCUCCCUUGGCGGCGAACCGUCAGGAGGAGGCGGAGGAGAAGACGACAGCGAGGGCGGAGGAGGUGGAAAGAGAAGGGGACAGACUAAUGGUCGUUGAAGACGUCAGCGACGCGGUGAGCUGCGUGCCUAGCAGCGCGAGCGACGGGUGGGGCGGCAGCCAUGGGGGAGAGGCGGAGCAGGACGACAGGGAAGGGGACACGGGGGAGGAGGAGGGCGGAGCGGAAUCUGAUUGGGCGAGCGAGUCAACCAUGUGCCUCAACCUUGAAAGUGUGGAGCAGCUGUGUGCGCAGAUGGAGUUUCAGAAGAAGACAAUCGAGGCCAUCCAGAUCGUGGCGGUCCCUGCCCUUCCCCAGAUAAGCCUGGAAAGACCGAAAAGGGCGCUCAGCAGAGCAGCGGCAGCAGCAGCAGGUGCAGGAAGCAGCAGCGGAGACUCCGAUGCAGGCUCAGCGGGGUGGCCGCUGAGGGCGUUGAGUGCUCCGCGCAGCUCUGCCAGUCUCAUGGCGCUGCGCUUCAGUGGAUCCCUCACCUGGCAUACACCAGGCGACCCAGAGCUGUGGGAGCGAGGCUCGGUCAUGUAG